AUGAUUAAAACACAACCAUGGGUCGGUGGUACUGAAGAAGAAUAUGAAACCCAACAUUUUGGUUUUGGUGCUCAAAGUCUUAAAAUAGCGGUGAGACAAAUGGUAGAACACAAAAUCAAGAGUGGAGUAAAGGACAUGGAAUCUUAUUUAAAAGAGACACUGGAUUUGAACAACACAGAUAAAUUAACUUUAACACAUGCAUGUGAUAAGUUAAUUAAGUUAUAUUGUGAACGGGCGGGACCCUCGCUGGAAGCUAUAGAUAGUGAGAUUGAGAGAUUACUAAAAGUUCCACCGAACGUUUUGUUACCUGAAGAUGAAGUCCAGUUAGACCAAGUUUCUGAUGAGGAAUAUCAAAACCUGAAGGAGGAAGUAGCUUUAUUGAGGAAGCGUGUUGAAAGAGGUGCAUCAUUGGAGGCUUUACUUAGUGCGGAAGAUGAGGAACUGUCAUCUAUCGAAAAUGUGUGUGAAAUAGCAAGAAAAGACAUGGAGAUAUUGGAUUUGCUUCAGAAAAACUGUGUGAAAAAUGAUGUCAAAUCAAUUAAAAAUUCAACAGAGUUCAUAUGUUCUUUAGUGCCAUUUCUAAAAAAAAGUGAUUUAAUGUCUGAUGAUUAG